AUGAGGGAGGGAGACAGAGAGGGGAACGUGCGGUUUCUUGUCUGGGGCCACAAGGGGUGGAUCGGCCAGGCGUUCAUGCAGCUGCUGGAGGCCUCCGGUUUGGAGGCCAUUGGAGCCGAGUCCCGCGCGGACGAUGAGGCGGCGGUCGAGCAUGAACUGCACGUGGUUCGGCCGGAUCGUGUCGUCAGUCUCAUUGGCCGCACACGCGGCGGACGGCAGCUCACCAUAGACUACCUUGAGCAGCCGGGCAAACUCAUGGAGAACAUGCGGGACAACUUGUGGUCCCCCGUUGUCCUCGCGCAGGUCUGUGCACGCCACGGCGUACACUUCACGUACCUUGGAACGGGCUGCAUCUUCCACUACGACGAGGGGGCGCACAAGAUGGGCAGGGACGGCUUUGACGAGGCCGACAUUCCAAACUUCUUUGGCUCUGCGUACAGCACUGUGAAGGGCUACACGGACCGUCUCAUGCAUUUGCUCUUCAACACCACCGCGCUCAAUGCACGUAUUCGCAUGCCCAUCUCCGCUGACGACAGCCCGUACAACUUCAUCACCAAAAUUGCAAACUACGAGAAGGUGGUGAACAUUACGAACAGCAUGACGGUGCUGCCGGAGAUGCUGCCGAUUCUGAUGCAGCUGUCACUGAACAAAGUCACUGGGACGAUCAACCUGACAAACCCGGGGGCCAUUUCGCACAACGAGGUGUUGGAACUCUACCGGAGACACGUCGACCCCGCCUACACGUACGAGAAUUUUUCCGUCGACGAGCAGAACAAAAUCCUCCUGUCGGCGCGCAGCAACAACCUGCUGGACACCCGUCGUCUGCAGCGGCUGUUUCCGAAUGUGGACGAAAUUCACACCGCCGUUGAAAAGGUGUGCAUGGAGAUUGCGAAAAAGUUUCCGUGUGGAAUUGUGGAGCGGAGAAGGAGUGCCAUGCGCAAGUACGAGUGA